GAGAGGAAGUGCGCGUCGCCUUCUCGAGGACGAAUUAAUGAAAAUGUGAAAGUGAUUUUUGAAUAGUUGUUCAAAAGCGAGAUUGUGUAGAUUUGAUUGUGAUAUCUUGUCCAAUGAGAGUGUGGCCGACAGAGGCGUAUAGUGAUAUGAUGUGAGUGUCGAUAGUGAUUUUUUUUUUAGUAUAAAAGCCGACGGUCAAAACCAACAUGGCAUCGGACCCAAUUAAAGAGUUUAUGGACAGUGCUCUUGUCACAUGGGUGCGGACGUUCGAGAGCGAUGGCGGAGGCGGCCUCACCUACGCCGCCCUCGCCGACGGGGUCUUCCUCUAUGACGUCAUGAAUCACGUAGACCCGCGAGACGGCGGCGGACGGCAGGUCAACCGCCACCCGAGCGACGCCGCGGCACGACUGUCGAAUCUCGCCGCCCUUCUGCAUCACAUCAAGUCGUUCUAUCAGGAUGUGUUGAACCAGUCGGUGGUCCUGCGGUUGCCUGACGUGGUGAAGGUGUCGCGGGCGGGCGAGGGCGCGGCGGGCGUUCCCGAAGUGCGGCAGCUCCUCCUGCUGGUGCUCGGGUGCGCCGUGCAGUCGCCGAGGAAGGAGGACGUCAUCGACAACAUCAAGAAGCUCGACCUCGUCACCCAGCAUUCGAUCGUCGAGUGUAUCAAGGAGGUGACGGACAACCCUGAGGCGGUGUGGCCCUCGGAGUGGAGCACGAUCGAGGCCGUUCCCGAGGACCAGCUCGCCGCGUCCUUCAACAUCCUCGUCAGGCACUGCAGGAGGCUGGCGCAGGAGAGGGACGGUUUCCAUCAGGGCCCAUUAGUUGAUCACUCAAAUUGA